CUUCAUAUCAGGGUGCUGCUGCGGAGUGGUGUCCUCCGCUUUCUUCCAGAUCAUCUGGCUUCAGUUGCCUGGUUUCUUCGAGAAGAGGACGGCUCGGCGUGCUGCUCACGAGGCGGCACCAGCGCUGUCAUCGGCCCCAGCUCAACCUGUGCGUGUGCCGCAUCAGGUUCUGAAGCCAGUCAAGCACCAUGGAGCGGGGCACGAAAGUGUUCGUGAAGUACGUGGGUCAUCCUAUAUGGCACGAAAGACAUUUACUGGAGAAGGUGGGAAAUUCGGCGACUGACUGGAUCAUCGCCACCCCCGACAGCGAUGUGUAUAUGGAGGACUUCAGCCGACACAACGAGGACAUCGAGGGCUUCCGCCUAUCCGACCGUCGUGGCGGGGGUCCCCACGGCAUCGACCCGCAGGAUGUCUACCGGUUCCGCCAGGAGCCAGAGGGAACCCAUCUGCAGGGCCUUCGUGAUGAGGCCAGGCUGUUGGCGCGCUCUGAGGCUGCUCGCGGUGGAGGUGCUCCCGCAGGCAAUGCCGACCUAUGGUAUGCUAUCGAGGAGGCGCCAGGCAUUCAGACGGGCAGCGUCGUUCGCCUCAAUGAGGAGGCAGUCAUCAGCGGCGACAGGGCGAUCCACUUCUAUGUCCAUGACGGCGUGGAAAAGAGGGUUUUCUGCGUCAGAUGCCCAGCUGCUGAUCUGGCCGAUGUGAAGAAGAAGUUCCGCAUCGAGACGGACGACGACUGCGACGCGCGGACCCUGCCCAUCAAGAGCGUGGCGGGCCAGCGCAAGCGGGACUUCAGCGACGCGGUCGAGAAGAUGGAGCUCGUGAGUUUCUCGGACUGGGAGACGCACAUCCCAGGCCCGAGGACGACGCGCUGGUGCCUGGACUUCUUACGAAGGAGGAACGGGCCCCUGGCACACCACGAGUGGUGGAAGUCCACGGCCAAGCUGAACAGUGACGACUACGGCGUCUCGUUCCACGAGGCGGUGCUGCGUGCCGUGCAAACAGGCGCGGAGUACGAUCAGCUGGACCUGGUCAACUUGGCACCGAUGGAGCACUUGCUGCGCUCGGCCCAGCUGAUCGAGUAUUAUCAUCGAGAACGUACCCGACAGGAGGGUGCGGCCAGCUCCAAGACGGGAGUGGACAUGGAGGAGCAGACGGUCAUGCUGGGAGUCCACCAGAGCCAGGGCAACCUGAUGAUCGCCCCCGAUCUGAUCACGUACACGUCGAAGGAGCUGGAGCGGCAGAGUGCUAUUGACAAGCAAUCCCGCAAGGCGCGUGAGGAGCGCGCCUUGCGGCGGCGAGGAUGAUGAUGAGCGUUGGCCAGGCUUUCCCUCGCGCCUGGCCGGCUUCACGGGAGGGGGGCCGCGUCAUUUCAGCCAGUGACGCGGCAGCGAAGGAGGCUGACUCUGCUCUUGGGCCUUCGCAGCUUCGAGGGUGCCGAGCUGUCCAGCGACGCUUCAGGAGAAGGGGGCACGUCGGUGAGAAGGUUGCUGCCCUGGGUCGCGCACUCGCGGAGCUCGAGCGAGGUGAUGGCCUUCCUGAGCCGGCUGAGGGCCAGGCCUCGCUUCUUUCGCCUGCUGAGCAUACUUUUUUAACCUCUCGGGUGCGGCGCAUGGGCCGUCCACCAGAGGGGCUCGACCCUCGGGGAGCCUUCACUGAGCUCCAGGGGGUCGAAGACUACGCUGGGAUUCCGUGCCACCUGGCUCCUCUAGAUGUGGACAAGCUGUCUCUCCCACAGCCUGGUUUCCAGCCGCGGCCCCUGGGCGACCUUUUGGGGGCCCGCGGCGCUGAGCUCAUCAAGAGGAUUUCAUGUGAUAUAGUUUUGCCUAAGGAGCUGCAGCAAAGAAAUCGUGAGGAAGCUGGUCUAGUCAGGCCGUACAGCGACCCACGUCUGCGUUCUAAAAGGGUGUACAAGUCUCUCGUGGCUCGCCUUCAGGCCGCGGGGCUCGUCGAGUUCAGUUUAACGGAUGGAGUCCGAACGGGGAUCUUUGCGGUUUGGAAGUCGGACGGGGUGAAGCAACGCCUCAUCCUGGACGCUCGGAUUUCCAAUUGUAGUUUUGAGGUACCCGAGUCGCCCGACCUCCCCACGGCUAACGCUUUCUCGAGG